AAGAUCUGUUUCAUUUAUUCACAUUUCAUGGAAAAUAACCUCCUUAAAAAAAAAAAAAAAUUCACUUACGUCAAGUCACGCCGUUUAGAUAGUGUUUUUUUUUCAUAUCUAUUGACUUACAAUAAAUGUCAUUAUUACUCGACACCACGCAAUUUGAUGGCAUCGUUAUUGGUAUUGUUAUUUUAAAAUAUUAAUGUCAAUACAUUCACAUAAAAUGUAUAUAUGUGCAUUAGCUUUUCCUCGUCGUUGAGAUCAUCGGCAGGUCAGAGAUAAACUGAAGAGUGGAUGAAGCACUGCUUAUUAGUACAUAGAUACGCUUUAUAUGCCAUCAAUGUUUUUCGCUUUAAUUUACAUGUUGUAUGCCAGUGAUAUUCAAAAAGUUGCCGGAGUAAGCGAUUUUAAAGUAUGGGUACCGUUAUGUUGUCCCACCAGUUGGUUAUUAGCUAAAGUGAAUCGUGGUAUUUUCCGUUUGCCUAACUAUAAAUGUGUUCCGCCACCAAUUGACCGUUUCGAAUUGAUCGACAAUGAAAUUGCGAUUUUUGAGGACACUCAUGCCAUACAUGGUUAUGGAAUCUACGAUGUUAAUCAAACUUUGUCAAACUCGAGCGUUUUAUCCUGUGAUCAUCAAACACUAAUCAAAUUAACCGGCAAUGAAAACGUUCAAAUUCCAUCCCAUUCCUGCGUCAUUGGCUUAGGCAAACACAUUGCCGUAAUUUCCUGUCCUUUACACGACAACGACAUAUUGCAACCGUUAAAUUUUAUUCACAAAUGUUGUCCAAUCGGCUAUGUUUAUGAGGUCAGCCAACAAAAGUGCAUUGUAAAUGAGGACGACAACUACCAUGUCUAUAAAGGGUAUUUUCCAAACUUUGCCAUCUUUAAUAGCGCUCCCUUGGAUUGUUCAACCAAUAAAGUAUUAGUUGAAUACAAAGUCAACAAAUUGCAAAGCAGUUUCGCUGACGAUCAGUUUAUUUUGUUGCAGCCAGAGAAAAGAAAAUUCUAUUAUUCCGAUUACUGUUUGGAAGCUAUAAUGGAUCAAUCGAAUAUUCAGCAGAAGUCUAACGUAUCUUUAGAAAUCACCAGCGGGGAAAUGCAACCAUUUUUAGUACGUGUCUGCGAUAACACUGCCAUAUGUGACCGAAUACCUUGCAUUAGACGCUGCUGUCAAGACGAUGAAAUUUUUACAAGAGGAAAUGCCACUUCUUACUGUAAGAAGGAUACUGGCGAUAUUUCAUAUCACAGCUUUGAAUCCUUGAAUACAAGUGGAAAUUUCACUAAACCUCAAAUAUUUGGUGUUUUACGAAGUUUAGAUUGUCUUAAAUAUCAUUUAAAUCCGGAUAUUUAUCCCGAAGACGAACAUUAUCUGAACAAUCGAGAUGGAUCGUUGUUUGUAUGGGCAGACGCUAAACAAUACUCUAACAAUGAAUACUGUAUCGAAAAGAUACAUAAUUCAUCUCUGGCGACGCAAAAGUUGUAUACAUUUCUUUGCUUCGACACCAAAAUUGUGGGUAAUGAUCGUUUGCGUUUCAAGGUAUACGUGAUCGGAUUAUUUACAUCGUGUUCGUUUUACGCUCUAACUUUACUGGUCUAUUUGUCAAUAUCUAAAUUGCGUAACUUACCUGGAAAGAUAUUGAUUUGUUUGGUCAGUAAUCUCUUAAUGGCUUAUUUUAAUAUAGCCGUGGGUCAGUUAAUGCCUACGGCAAAUAAUAAUAUUUGCUUCGCCUUAGCAUUUUUUACAUACUUUUGCCUAAUGGCUGCCUUUUCAUGGAUGAACGUAAUGUGCUUUGAUAUCUGGCAAACGUUUGGAUCUAGUGGAGGAAACAAACGCAGUUUCGAAAAAGAUCAUAACAAACGCUUUUUGAUUUAUUCGGUAUAUGGUUGGGGAUUGCCGACAAUUAUCACAGUCACAACGAUUACCUUAACAAAAUCCAAUUUAUUAAGCGAAAGUUUACGACCUAACUUUGGUCAUGGCAUGUGCUGGUUUAACUACAAUGUUCCCAGUGCAGCGAAUCUUUUAUUUUUCUCAGGACCUUUAGGUAUUUUAUUCUUAAUUAAUUUCGUUUUGUUUGUAAUGACGCUACGUUACUGCAAUCGUGUUAAGCGUGAAAUUUUUCGUAUGCAAAGUUCAAAUUGGGCGAAACCGAUCUUAAAGAGGCGUUUCUUUAUGGAAAAAGAACGUUUUGCAAUGAAUACAAGAUUAUUUAUAGCAAUGGGUAUUACUUGGUUUCUGGAGCUGCUAAGCAUAGUAUUCUACGAUCGAAAAAAAAUGAUUUUCUGGGCGGUCAGCGAUUCCUUUAACGUUCUGCUUGGUGUUUUUGUAUUUUUUAUUUUCGUAUUUAAGAAACGUGUUUGGCAUGCAAUCUUGACUAAGAUUGGUUUAAGGAGUGCACAUAGUGUUACAGGAACACCAGUUGGUACGAGUACUACGCACAAUAUAUCAAUGAAAAGUCUUAAUCUUAUCAAUAGUAACGCGAAACUUUUGCAUCCAAAUACAGCGAAGCGUACCCCAACCAUGUAGAUGCUGUUCU